GAAAAUGGACUGCUGUUUUGGCAGGAAGUGCAAAAGUAUAAGGAACUUUGUCAUUCCCAUUGUGAUGAGGCUACCAUCCAAAACAAGAUCACAGCUAUCAUCAAUUGUUUUAUCAAUUCAUCCAUCCCUCCAGCACUGCAGAUAGACAUUCCUCCAGAACAAGCAGAAAAGAUUUUAGAACGACGCAGAGAUCUGGGGCCUUAUGUGUUUCGGGAAGCACAGAUGACAAUCUUCAGUAUCAUGUUCAAGUUUUGGCCUGAUUUCUGUGAAUUCCGGAGCCUACUGACUGAUGAGAAAAUCGUACCUCUGCUGGAGAGAAAGAAGGCAAAGAGAGUACAGCAGAUGAAACAGAAGAUGAGAGAACAAGAGAUGCUUGCCAAGCAGGAACAAGAAGAAACAAAAAGGAAGGGAACUUUCUCUGACAUCUAUGGUGAUAACGAAAGUUCUUACAGCGAGGAACUUUUUACAGGCCGUGAAGGUUAUGGACGCAGCCGAAAUGUAUCCUGGAGCUAUUCAAAGUACUUGGAGGCACUGGAACAAGAAAGGAUGUUGCUUAAAAUACAAGAAGACCUAGAGAAGAAAACUGGAUCAAGUGUAACAUCAGAUAAUUCAUCAGUCUACAGCAUAAGAAGUGAUGAUUCUAAAAAAUCGGGGAAGACUUUAAACUCAUCACAUGGACAUACACAAAGGCUUCCCUCAGCUGCAAGACACUAA